AGGCGACGCUCGAGUGCAAAUGUGAGGUGACACCCGUUCUCCGCGAUGACAUUCCUUCAGUGGAGGAAGUUCAACUUCUUCGACGUUGCGCGCGACGGGGAUUUGAUCGAGACUUCGGAAACUGCCCGGCUGAAAGAUGCUCGCGUCACUGCUUGCGUUUCCGGAAGCGGACAAAUCGUUAUCGGUGAUGCGGCAGGAAAUAUUUACUUCAUCUCUAGAUCGCUGGAAGUGGCGUCGUUCAAGGCCUACAACCUGUGCACGUCGCAUAUUGUGGUUCAUCCGCAACACAACUACAUGAUCACCGUCGGCGAGGAUGAAGUUGGAAUAAACCCAUUGAUCAAAGUGUGGAGUCUUGAGAAGCAAGAUCCGCACACUGGGAAUCCGUUAUGUCGUCGAAUAUCGAGAGCUUUGCCGAACAACCGGCCCUUGGUUGCUACUGCUUUGGCUGUGGACCCUGAUCUCGUUAAAUUGGCUGUUGGUUUCGCGGAUGGAUCCGUGCUUCUCUCCCGAGGUGAUGUGACGCGUGAAAGAGGGAACAAGCAAAAGGUUUUCCGUGAGGGUGAAGCAGCUGUUACAGGCCUGGCAUUCCAAAAUACUGCGAGGACUACAUAUUUAUUUGUGGUCACUAAGGAUUCCGUGUGGUCGUACAACCUGGUUUCGAAAGACAAGGAAAUUAAAGUUCAAUUGGACGAUUUUGGAGUACCUUCGAAAUGCGUUGCGCUGGCGGACGGUCGUCAUGAACAUCACCUUAUCCUUGGACACAAGGAUGCGGUGUACUGCUACUCCCCGGACAGCAGAGGCUCCUGUUUCGCCUUCGAAGGAGAAAAGCUGAUGCUUCAUUGGUUUAAGGGCUACUUGAUUGUGGUUACGAGACAGGAUGCUGACAAACGACCAGGUGACAUCGUGAGCGAUGAACGAACGACGAUCUUACCAGCUGGCUCAACGGGAAUCACUGAGAAGCAUAUGGUGAAGAUCUAUGAUCUGCAAAAUCGACUGGUUGCACACGAAGGUCCAGUCGGACCCGGAGCAGUAGUCGGAGUGGUUUCGGAAUGGGGAUCCGUUGUGAUAGUUAUGGAUUCCGGAAAGCUGAUACGCUUGCUGGAGCGAGAAGUGUCAGCUAAACUAAACUUGCUUUUCAAGCGGAAUCUGUAUGACGCAGCCAUCAAACUAGCGAAAGGCUGUGGUUACGACGCGGAAGGACUGGCUGACAUUUUCAGAAUGUAUGGAGACCAUUUGUACUCGAAAGGGGAGUUUCGCGCAGCUGCGGCUCAGUACGCUAGAACCGUGCGCCGUUUGGAACCCGCCUACGUGAUCAGGAAAUUUUUGGAUGCUCAACGAAUUCAGGAGCUGACUUUGUAUCUGAAUGCUUUGCACGACGCCGGAGCAGCGACAAGAGACCAUACAACGCUUUUGCUCAAUUGCUACACUAAACUGAGGGAUACUGAGAGCUUGGACCAGUUUGUGGCGUCGGACGGCCCAGGCGUGAAUUUCGACGUCGUCACGGCGAUUCGUGUUUGCCGACAAGCUGGAUACUUUAAGCAUGCCUUGGCCCUGGCUCGAAAGCAUAGAGUCCACGACCUUUACCUGAAAAUCCAGUUGGAUGACCACGGAGAUUACAAGGAGGCAUUGGAUUAUAUCGCAAAACUGCCUUUUGCUGCGGUGGAGUCAACCAUGAAGAAAUACGGCGGGAUGUUGAUGGAGAAGCAUCCGGACGAGACGGCGGCUUUAUUGCAAGCUCUGUGUACUGACUAUCGUCCGACCGCGUCUUCUUUUAUAUCCUCCGAAGCAGCGAAUGAGAGCGGAUGUAGAGCGGAUGCUGAAGAAUUCUUGCAUGUUUUUACUCAUCAUCCGUCUCACCUCAAGCUCUUCUUGUUGGAAGUCGAAAAGGUCGUGCGAGAAAUGCCACCCGCGUUGUACAGCGCUCUGUUGCAAGUGUAUCUUCAAGAAUGGACAUUUUCUAAUGAGAUGAAAGACGCGGAUUCCAUCACGCAAGCGAAAAAUGCUGCGGUUGAUCUUCUGCACAACAAGUGGUCGCUCAUGGACAAAGAUCAAGCAUUGAUUCUCUGUCAAAAUGCGUCCUUCAAGCCGGGCAUUGUCUUUUUCUACGAGCGCUCUGAAUUGUACAGUGAAAUCCUGAAGUUAGAGGCAAGCGAAGGGAAUUACGUGGGCGUCGUGGCAGCAUGUAAGAGAUUUGGACCGCGAGACCCGUAUUUGUGGGUACACGCGUUGGAAAUAUUUGCCCCGGCGUCCGGACUUCCGGAAAGUUUGCUGAACGAGGUGCUAACUCAGAUCGAGCGAGGGAAGCUAUUAUCUCCGAUCAUGGUGUUGGAGAUGCUGUCGUCGUCUCCUACAAUAUCCCUGGGGAUGGUCUCGUCUUACCUGACUCGAGCUCUGGAAGCCGAACGCGGGAAGAUUAGCGAGAGCGAGCAGCUUAUUGAGCAAUAUUCCGCAGAAACGGAGAAAAUGAAAGCCGAAAUAAAUCUCAUCAGGACUUCGGCCACAGUAUUCCAAGACACGAAAUGCCAUGCGUGCAAUCACCGCCUAGAAUUACCGUCGAUUCAUUUUCUGUGCAAGCAUUCGUUUCAUCAGAGUUGCUUUGAAAGCUAUUCGGAUAACGACGCGGAAUGUCCAGCGUGUGCCCCGGAGAACCGCAAACUGCGCGACGUGAUCGGUGCCCAGGAGAGUGCGACAGCGACGGACGACGAUGCCGGCAUUUUAAACGACAAGCUGAAUGAGAAAUUCUUUGAGCAGCUUGCGCGUGCCGAAGACGGGUUCUCUGUCAUCGCGGAGUACUUUGGACGAGGGGUCUUCAACAAGGUCACGGUUGUCGCCGAUCAGAUUGCGGGCACUAGGAAGGCGACCACCCCGUCACUUGCCGCCUCGUCCGCCUUUGGUGCUGAUCCGAGUCGGCCGGGUGGCGGUUAUUCAGCCGCCGGGUUGAGCUCAAGUGACACGACUCAGCGACAGAGCGAGGGCAGAGUGAGAGCAGCCGAGGGGAACAGGAUCAAGGGUCUGGAGUCCGUGUCUGAAGCCCGGUUGCGAGGGGCAGAGGGUGGCAGGGGUUCCGCGGAACCUGUUGCGGGUGCUUCUGAGGCCAGGUUGCGAUCUGAUGAGAGAAGAGCAGGAGCUGGGGACGGUGGGGGUGCCAGAGCUGGAGAAGCCCGGUUGCGGCUCCACGAGGGGACAAAUGUGAAGUUGCUCAGUGCCGUACGAGCAAACCCCGAGAACCCGAAUUCCCUGUCGUCCAACUUGGACCACCAAGGAGGGACAAGGGAACGACUUGGGGAUCGGCGGAGUCCGGAUGUGGUGGUUGCGAGCAGCACCCGGGUUCCUCGGGUGGAAGAGAGAACGAGUUUGGAGGCAGCUGCGGUCGCAACGCAUGAUAAAUCUGAGAAGAUCAGGAAUCCGUUUGAGGAGGACGAAGAUUAUGAUGAAUCUCUGAAUCCGUUCGCGGAUGAGGGUGUAAAUGAGCUGGAGCGGGGGAGUGAUGGGGAUUCAUACAAUGAUGAGUUGAAUCCGUUCGGCGACUCCUGAGGUAUUCCCUCCCACUUCGCUUUUAUUCCUCCUUCCGGUGCUGCUUGCAUUCCCUGUCGAAUGUAUUCUAGGAAAGACGGAGUUUUUAUUUAUUUAAAUGGCUAAUGUCAUGGAAUUUCCUCAGUUCAAAGAAAUUACAGUACAGAAAUCCUGUGCAUACCUUCUGUAGACUCGGAAGAAAGCCUUCACGCCAUCAGGGAAAAUUGGAAUCCCGUUUUUUUCCUUAAUCUCGUGCCACAGAUCGCAUUUGUUGAUGACUCAACGCUGUUUGCAGGUAGUACUUGCGGGUGUCGAUGAAAGGCUUUCUACUCACUGCGUUGAGUACAUAUUUUGGUGUGUGCGCGCGUCAUUGCGAAAAUUGCUUGAAGGAACAGUAUAAAUGCAUUGCUUUGCGGGGAA